ACGACGGUUCGGUUCGGUUCUGCAACACACCGACGAAAAACGCCGCCGUUCCAUAAAACCCAAAAAAAAAAAAACGUAAAAAGUUUAGAAGCGUCUCACUUACUCAGUCACAAUUUCUCACUCACAAAAAACUCUCUCUUUCUCUCUCUCUCUCUCUCUCUCUCUCUCUCUCUCUCACUCUAAACUCAACUUUUUCAGAUUUAUAUAUUUUGUAAAAUUUUAGGGUUAGCUGCUGAUAUGGAUUCGGAUUCGCAUUCCUACGACGCGGACUCACCGAUGAAUGAUGGGGAGGCUACUUCUGAUUCUAACCCUGCAUACGAGUUUGAAGCUCCGCCAGAUGCAUCAUCACCCACCGCACAACAUCAGGUGAGUACUAAAUUUUUCACUGAAGAACCAUGUCAUGUCUGGGAUCAUUUUGUAAAAUUACAGGAUUGUGAUCCCAAUGAUCCCAUAGCUGAAUGCAUUCAUUGCCAGAAGCAAUUCAAUUUUCAUCAUAGGAAACAUGGUACUUCAGCCCUGUUGGCACAUAUUAGUUUUGGUUGUGAAGAGUAUCCUUACAUUCAUGCCCCAGUGGAUAAGCCAGAAGGUAGUGAGAGAGAAGGUGAGAGUGGUGUGACAGAAUUUAGCGUGGAGAGAUUAAGAAUGGGUCUUGCUAGGAUGAUAAUCAUCGAUGAGUUGCCUCUUAGAAUUGUGGAAGGUGAAGGUUUUCUUGACUUUAUGGCUAUGGUUGAACCUAGAUUUCCCGUCCCAUCUCGCCUCAAUAUGACAAAAGAUUGUAUCAUACUUUAUGUAAAAGAGAAGGAGAAGUUGAAGAAAGUGUUGAGUGCCAGCCAAAGGGUUUGUUUAACCACUGAUACAUGGACCUCACUAGAAAACCUUAACUAUCUUUGUCUCACCGCCCAUUUCAUUGAUAGUGAUUGGAACUAUCACAAAAAAAUCUUAAACUUUUGUCUAGUUCCUAAUCUCAGAGGGGAGACCAUUGGUAGGAUGGUGGAGUCGUGCUUGCUUGAAUGGGAUCUUAUUGACAAGAUUUUCACUAUUACAGUAGAUAAUGCAAGCUCUAAUGAUGUUGCUGUUGAAUUCAUAAGGAGAAAAACAAAAGAUAGAAAGGGUAGCUUAUUGUCAAGUGAGUUCCUUCAUAUGAGAUGUUGUGCACACAUUUUGAAACUUAUUGUGCUAGAUGGUUUGAAAGAUCUUAGUGAGUCAAUCAUGAAGAUUCGUAAUGCAAUGAGAUAUGUGAAGUCUUCUCACUCAAGAUAUGAGCAGUUCAAGGAAUGUGUGAUGCUUGAAAGAAUUUCAAGUAAAAAUUUAGUGUGCCUUGAUAUUCCAACUAGAUGGGACUCAACAUAUAUGAUGUUAAAUGCAGCACAGAAGUGUAAGAAGGCUUUUGAACGGAUGGAGGAAGAUGAAGAAUAUGAGGAAUACCUUCGUCACUUUCGUGAAGAUGAUGGGAAUGGGAAAACGCCCAUAGGCCCCCCCAACUCUUUUGAUUGGGAAAAUAUUCAAGCUUUUUCUAAAUUUCUCAAGCUUUUCUAUGAAGCAGCCUUACAAUUUUCAGGUUCUUUGUUUGUCACUUCUAAUGCAUAUUUUCAUGAACUUGUUUUGAUUCAAAGCGAAUUAAGUAGUAUGUGUAGUGGUGGUGGUGAUCCUCUCUUGAAGGAUAUGGCGGAGAAUAUGAAGAAAAAAUUUGACAACUAUUGGGGAAGUAUCGAUAGAAUCAAUUCAAUGUUGUUUGUGGCUGUUGUACUUGAUCCUCGAUACAAGUUGAAUUAUGUUAAGUUCUGGUUUAAGAAGUUGUAUGAUAAUGAGCAAGUGGAUGACAUGGUAGCCAAGGUGCGGGGUGCUUUAGAUAGAUUGUAUGAGCAUUAUGCAACCAAGGUCACAAGUGAAGGUGUAAGCAGGCAGCCUAUUUAUAAGCCUCAUUCUUCACAAUUGAUGGUUGAUACUAACGUGAAAGAUGUUCGAAAAAGGCUGAAUAGUUUAUACAAGCUACACUUGGUUGAUGAGGAUAAUGCAAAGCGCAAAUCUGAAGUGGAUCAAUAUUUAUUGGAUGGUUGUGAAGAUCCUGAGAUGGAAAAUUUUGAUAUUUUAAAUUGGUGGAAGGUGAACUCAUCAAAGUAUCGAAUCCUUGGCCAAGUAGCACGAGAUGUGUUGGCCAUUCCUGUUUCCACUGUUGCAUCCAGGUCUGCUUUUAGCACUGGAGGUUGUGUCUUGGAUCCAUUUCAGAGCCCAUUGUCUCCAAAAACAAUUGAGGCUUUUAUCUGCGCACAAAAUUGGCUAAGAUCUCCACAAUCACCAAUUGAUAUUGGAGAGGCAAUGAAAGAAGUCGAAGGCUAUCAAAUUAAUUCGGAACUGGCACAAAAAUGCUAAAUACCUGGGGAACCUACCAUCAUUGGUUUUUGAUUCAGCGCAGUAAUGCCAUUGCAAUUGGUAAGGUUUGUGAUGAUAAUGAAGGAAGAUUGUAAUGCUAUAUGUAACUUCUCUUGACUUGGAGAUUGGACCUGUAGGCUUGAGAUUAUUGGCUUUGCAGUUUGGUUGUAGGUUCUUUGGUGGUAAUAUAACUUGUUUUGCCGGAGAUUAUCGCUGUUUAAAGUUUAAACUUAUUUGUAGACCUUAUUGGCUUGUAGGUUGUUUAUAUAUAUAUUCAGUUUUUAUUUUAAA